UUGUGUUUGGCAAGAUGGCGGCUGGAAUGUAUCUAGAGCACUAUUUGGACAGCAUCGAGAAUCUGCCAUUUGAGCUGCAAAGAAACUUCCAGCUGAUGCGAGAUCUGGACCAGAGGACAGAGGAUCUGAAAGGGCAGAUUGAUUCUCUGGCUCGUGAAUACACCGCUAAUGCUCGGACACUGUCCUCUGAGCAGAAGCUCUCGCUGUUAAGACAGAUCCAGCAGUCUUAUGGGAAGUGCAAAGAGUUUGGGGAUGACAAGGUGCAGCUUGCGAUGCAAACCUAUGAGAUGGUGGAUAAGCACAUCCGAAGGUUGGAUACGGACCUGGCUCGCUUUGAAGCUGACCUCAAGGAGAAACAGAUUGAAAGCACCGAUUAUGACUCUACCUCCAGCAAGGGCAAUAAGAGUGACAUUCGAGGACCCAAGAAGAAGGAGGUCAAUCGUGCAAGGUCAAAAGUAAAGAACUCUGAUGACGACUGCAGCUCCAAGAGUGGACAAAAGAAGGUCAAACUGACACAGAGCACUGAGUUUUCAACUCCGGCUGUGAACUUUGGGAACGUGCAUCCCUCUGAUGUGCUGGAUAUGCCUGUGGACCCCAACGAGCCCACCUAUUGCCUCUGCCACCAGGUUUCAUACGGAGAGAUGAUUGGCUGCGACAAUACAGACUGUUCUAUUGAGUGGUUCCACUUUGCCUGUGUGGGUCUGACCACCAAACCCAGGGGAAAAUGGUACUGCCCAAGAUGUUCGCAGGAGCGGAAGAAGAAAUGAACAUGCUAAAGAAAAGACCUGACAGAGAGGGAGGUAGAGGCAGGCGCAAGCGUUUUAAGGCCCUCCAUAGACACUAAUAUAGAUCCACUCUCUGCUUAAUCUGGUGCUUGUCAUCCUCUUUUUCCAUCUUCACAUCCCUCUCUCAGCCAGACAGUAAGAAGGGAUGACGGGUGAAGAUGAAGGAGGUGUAGUUUAUAAUUUAUGUGUUCAGUAAAGACUUUUGUUACUGAGUAUUUUUAAUUUGUUUCGGUUCUGCUUGUUUUUUAUAUAUAUAUUCUUAUAAUUGCAGUUUGUUUAUUUGGAUUACACAUGAACUCUGCAGUCAGGGAGCAUAUCAGGAGAUCUCAAACUUCUUUUGUUUUUCUGUACAUCAAUUGCUGUCAGUGUCUUUCCCAGAUGGUUUCUUCUCAAAAUGGGAUGAUUUCCUACUAGCCUUUGAACAGACAUAAAGUGGAUCAGGUUUGCAACCGAUAGCUUACCUAACUUAGUUUCAAGCAUUCAUAAAAGGGCAUCGGAUAUCUACGUACCUCACUAAAAGUGAAAUGUUUUACAAGCCAGCAUUUACAAUUAAACAGCUGCUCAAUGGAAUCAUUUCAAGCAGUUUUUACAUGCACUUAGUCAAUACAAAGCCUUUCCACUACUGUUUCUUUGUCUUAUAUUUACAAAUGCUACACUUGAAGACCACUUCUUCACUUCAGGUUCAUUCCACAACUGUAGAUUUCAGUGCAGGCGUUUUUAUUUUAAUUGUUUGGUGCUUAUGUUCACACACUACUUGGAUGGUAUUUGAAUAUAGACUGUUGAAAAGCAUGUUUUUAAGUUGAAUCGCUGACACCUGCUCAUUUUAUUUUGUAACAUAUGAAUUAAUGCGCUAGUAUUGCUGUGAUUUGAGUAACGGGGUUGUUUUGCGACUGGAUUUUGGUGCUUAUGAAUAUGUAUAACAGAUGUGUUUGAUUGGUGUGAGAUACACAGUACCGCUAACAGUGGUGUUCAGUCAUCGUGUUGACGUUGUUAAAGCAGUAUGAUGCUUUUUUUUAAUUUGCGAGAUGUCGGAAUCAAAUAUGUCAAUAUCAACUUGUAUUUAAGAUUGGGUUGAUUUAAUAAUAAUACAAUUACAGACAAUGCAAAUUCCAAACCUGGUGCUACACAGUGCUUGUUGCCGGUUGUCGACGGUUAUAUUGUCUGGUGUAUGAUGAAGGGUUUGUGUGUCAUGUGUUUUUGCCUUUUGUCAUGUUGCUUUGUGAUUUGAUCGUUCCAGAUAUUCUAAUCUAGAGUACUGUACUAACGUCAGAUAUUGGGUCUGGUGUCUUCCACGCUGAACGAACAAUGCCUGAUUCUGAAAGCGUCA